AUGGCUGUUCUCCACACCGUUUGGGCCGAGGGAUUUGCGCGAUGUUCCAGGAAGACUCACACAAUCUGGCUCAAAUACAACCUUAAAGCAGCAGGUCGGCAUCACUUUUCACACCUGUCAACACCAGCUGUAUCAGAAGCAGCGAGCGCGGGUGCACGAUACCGACCCGAAGAUAUCCGAUUUCCUGCAUACAGAGGGCACUGCGCCAAGAUCUCGGUAAUCAAUGGCGCAACAACACAAAUGCUGUCUAGCUUGCUCGUUCACCCUGCACCGACUUCAGCCGCUCAGAAAUACACGCGUCUAGCCAGCUACAGCUUCUUAAUAGAGUCGCGACAUCGGCUGCAGAAGGUCUUGUUCGAUCUCGCUUUCAUGAAAGACUUGUUCACUCGCAUGCCUCCCGCACUUAAGGCCAUGCUUGGUGGGGGGCCUAAUGCCGUGGAUCCCGUCAUGAAGAUAGAAAACCUCUGUGACAUACCGGACACGCUCCGAGCACAUGGGCACGACCUUGCCGAAAUCAGUAGCAUCAUUUGGUCGCAUGCUCACAUAGACCAUGUCGGAGACCCAUCGGUCUUCCCACCAAGCACAGAAUUGGUUGUCGGCCCCGGGUUCAAGUCUAAUUACAUUCCCGGCUACCCUGCGAAUCCUGAUGGCAUGGUCCUGGACAGUGCCUUCCUGGGUCGCUCUGUUAGAGAGCUGGAAUUUGGAACAGAAAACCCCGCCAUGGAGAAUAUUGGCGGGUUUCGCGCCGUGGACUUCUGGGGCGACGGAUCGUUUUGGGUCCUUGAGUGCCCUGGCCACACCGGACAUCACAUUGGAGCCCUUUGCCGCACAACUCCGAGCUCUUGGGUAUUCAUGGGGGCUGACUGUUGCCUUGAGGCCAAGCCAGUUCAGGCGACUGCCACCAACUCUUCCUAG